UUUUGCAUUCAGGAGAUUGUCUAGCUGCAAUCUAGAGAGGUUUGAUUUAGUUCCAAGUCUGUCUGGCAAGUGAAGAAACGAGGCCAAGAACUGGGGAAGCGUUGCCAUCUUCUGGGCCACGCCACCUGCUAAGGGGAGCCCGGGGGCCAAGGCUUCGAGGGUCUUCGCUCCCAGGCCCGCUUGACUCGGUGGGCGUGGGGAGCAAGGGCCCUGCUUGGUUCCCUCGAGGCUGCAGAAGGCUCUCUGCGGGGAGGAGCUCAGGACGCAGAGGAGGAGUCAAGCCCGCCCCAGGAACGGGGACCCAAUCCCCUGGGAUAAAAGGCAGAGCCCAGGAGGAACCCCGUCAGCCAGGCGGGCAGAAAGCUCUGGGAGCCGCCUCAUGGAAGACAAGCAGAUCCUGUGCGUGGGGUUAGUGGUGCUGGAUAUCAUCAAUGUGGUGGACAAGUACCCGGAGGAGGACACGGACAGCAGGUGCUUGUCCCAGAGAUGGCAGCGUGGAGGCAAUGCAUCCAACUCCUGCACCGUCCUCUCCCUGCUCGGAGCCCCCUGCGCUUUCAUGGGCUCGCUGGCCCCGGGCCACGUUGCCGAUUUUGUCCUGGAUGACCUCCGCCGAUAUUCUGUGGACCUACGCUACACAGUCUUUCAGACCACGGGCUCUGUCCCCAUCUCCACGGUCAUUGUCAACGAGGCCAGUGGUAGCCGCACCAUCCUCCAUGCCCACAGGAACCUGCCUGAUGUAUCUGCUGCGGACUUUGAUAAGGUUGAUCUGACCCGGUUCAAGUGGAUCCACAUCGAGGGCCGGAAUGCAUCGGAGCAGGUGAAGAUGCUGCAGCGGAUAGACCAGCACAACGCCAGGCAGCCUCCAGGUCAAAAGAUCCGAGUGUCAGUGGAAGUAGAGAAGCCCCGAGAGGAGCUGUUCCCCCUGUUUGGCUAUGGAGACGUGGUGUUUGUCAGCAAAGAUAUGGCCAGGUACUUGGGGUACCAGUCAGCGGUGGAGGCCCUGAUGGGCUUGUAUGGUCGUGUGAGAAAAGGGGCUACGCUGGUCUGCGCCUGGGCUGAGGAGGGUGCUGACGCCCUGGGCCCUGAGAAACAGCUGCUCCACUCGGACGCUUUCCCUCCCCCCCGGGUGGUGGAUACUCUGGGAGCGGGAGACACCUUCAACGCCUCUGUCAUAUUCAGCCUGGCCCAGGGGAAGACGAUGCAGGAAGCCCUGAGAUUUGGCUGCCAGGUGGCUGGCAAGAAGUGUGGCCUGCAGGGCUUUGAUGGCAUCGUGUGAAUGCCCGGUGGUGGCGGCGGGCGCUGUCUUACCCCACCUCCCUCCUUGGAGGCCGGCAUCACCAGCGGCCAUUGCUUUCUCCCCUCCAUCCAGCCUGGCAUCUGGGCUGCCCUGCUCCCUGGGGAGAUGCAGGCCGUGGGAGGGCUCCCAGCUGUGUCCUGGUGUCCCUACACGCUGCUCAGGCACAGGAAAUAAAUCUGCCUUAGAGCCAGCUUC